AUGGACUUAAAUGUAAUCCUAAGUCAAAAUGGAAGCACAGGAAACAUUUCUUUCUGUUUUGAAAUUGUUCCAAACUCUUGUCAGAAGCUCAAUUAUGCACUGGCUUUGAGAGUUGUAAUUUAUUUUAUUAUUGGGACCAUUGUACUACUUACAUUAGUUGGAAAUGUUCUGGUAAUCAUAGCUGUCAUUCAUUUCAAGUAUCUGCACACUCCAACUAACUACCUCAUUCUCUCACUGGCUGUGUCUGACCUGCUUGUCGGAGGACUUGUGAUGCCUCCCAGUAUGAUACGGUCUGUGGAGACCUGCUGGUAUUUAGGAACAUUGUUCUGUAAAAUACACAGCAGUCUCGACAUUACACUGUGUACUGUAUCUGUGUUACAUCUGGCAUUUAUCUCUAUUGAAAGAUAUUAUGCAGUGUGUCACCCCCUGCGGUACCACAGUAAAAUGACUCCUCUCACUACCGUGUUCAUUAUUGUUGUUUGUUGGACCUUGUCUGUUUCAGUGGGGUUUGGGAUGGUAUUUUUGGAGGUCAGUAUUGAAGGUAAUGAAAACUUCUAUUACCGUAAUAUUGCAUGUGAGGGGGGUUGUGCAGUAAUUCUAGGGCCCAUGACAGGUUUGACUGUCAACACCUUUUCUUUAUACCUUCCCACCAUUGUCAUGGUGAGCAUUUAUCUGAAAAUAUAUCUUGUGGCACAGAGGCAAUCGCGUUCAAUACGCAACACUCUUUCGAGGUUGAACUCAUCCAAAGGGCAGCUCACCAUUAGUAAGGCAGAGAAAAAAGCAACUAAAACUUUGGGAAUUGUCAUGGGAGGGUUUCUAUCAUUUUGGGCACCAUUUUCAAUUUACAGUCUAAUGGUGAUAUACUUUGGUUGCAAUGGACCACCUCAACUGUUUGAUAUAUUUGGCUGGAUAGGUUAUUCAAAUUCAGCAUGUAAUCCUAUUGUGUAUGCAUUCUUUUACAGAUGGUUUAGAAAGGCCCUCAAAGUUAUUUUAUUAGGCAAAAUAUUUAAGAAUAAUUCCUCAAGUAUAGAACUGGGCUCAGAAUAA